UCAUCAGCCGGCGCCAGCGGCCGCACGCCGCGGAGAAAGGGCUCGGAGGGUCUGGGAUUCCGGUGUUGGAGUGCGCGGGUGGGAAAGGAGCCGGAACUUGAACGGUGUUCACUGCUUCUCGGCGCCGCCAUGCAAGUCUCCAGCCUCAACGAGGUGAAGAUUUACAGUCUCAGCUGCGGCAAGUCCCUUCCUGAGUGGUUUUCAAACAUGAAUCAGAGAGCUCUUCAGAAAUUGAAUCCUGAUGUCCGUAGAAGAAUUGAACUUAUUCAGGAUUUUGAAAUGCCUACCGUAUGUACCACUAUUAAGGUGUCAAAAGAUGGACAGUACAUUUUAGCAACUGGAACAUAUAAACCUCGGGUUCGAUGUUAUGACACCUAUCAAUUAUCCUUGAAGUUUGAAAGGUGUUUAGAUUCAGAAGUUGUCACCUUUGAAAUUUUGUCUGAUGACUACUCAAAGAUCGUCUUCUUACAUAAUGAUAGAUACAUUGAGUUUCAUUCGCAAUCAGGUUUUUACUACAAGACCAGAAUACCGAAGUUUGGGAGAGAUUUCUCUUACCACUAUCCAUCCUGUGACUUAUACUUUGUUGGGGCAAGUUCUGAAGUUUAUAGGUUAAACUUAGAACAAGGACGAUACCUGAAUCCUCUACAAACGGAUGCUGCGGAGAAUAAUGUUUGUGACAUAAAUUCAGUGCAUGGCUUGUUUGCCACAGGAACCAUAGAGGGUAGAGUGGAGUGCUGGGACCCAAGAACUCGAAAUAGAGUUGGUCUGUUAGACUGCGCGUUAAACAGUGUUACAGCAGAUUCAGAGAUAAACAGUUUACCAACAAUCUCUGCUUUGAAAUUUAAUGGUGCCUUGACCAUGGCAGUUGGAACAUCCACAGGGCAGGUUUUAUUAUAUGAUCUUCGAUCUGAUAAGCCAUUGCUAGUUAAAGAUCACCAGUAUGGGCUGCCCAUUAAGUCCGUUCAUUUCCAGGAUUCAUUGGAUCUGAUUUUGUCUGCUGACUCUCGAAUUAUCAAGAUGUGGAAUAAGAACUCCGGAAAAAUAUUUACUUCCUUGGAGCCAGAGCAUGACCUUAAUGAUGUUUGUCUCUACCCCAACUCAGGCAUGCUUCUUACGGCCAAUGAAACCCCCAAGAUGGGCAUCUAUUACAUUCCGGUUUUGGGUCCUGCUCCUCGGUGGUGUUCCUUCUUAGACAACUUGACGGAAGAAUUAGAAGAGAAUCCAGAAAGCACAGUCUAUGAUGAUUACAAAUUUGUCACCAAGAAAGACCUUGAAAAUUUAGGGCUCACACACCUCAUUGGCUCUCCUUUCCUCCGGGCCUAUAUGCAUGGGUUUUUCAUGGAUAUAAGACUGUAUCACAAGGUGAAACUGAUGGUAAAUCCAUUUGCUUAUGAAGAAUAUAGAAAAGAUAAAAUACGACAGAAAAUAGAAGAAACACGUGCACAGAGAGUCCAGUUGAAGAAAUUGCCAAAAGUUAACAAAGAGCUGGCACUUAAAUUAAUUGAGGAAGAAGAAGAGAAACAAAAAUCUGCAUGGAAAAAGAAAGUUAAGAGUCUUCCUAAUAUUCUCACUGAUGAUCGAUUUAAAGUUAUGUUUGAGAACCCUGACUUCCAAGUAGAUGAAGAGAGUGAAGAAUUCAGGCUUCUGAAUCCACUUGUUUCAAAAAUUAGUGAAAAAAGGAAGAAGAAACUAAGACUUUUAGAGCAACAAGAACAUCGUGAAAAAGAAGAGGAGGAAGAGCCGGAAGGAAGACCGAGUGAUGCAGAAAGUUCAGAGAGUUCAGAUGAUGAAAAAGCCUGGGUCGAAGAGGUCAGGAAGCAGCGCAGACUCCUCCAGCAGGAGGAAAAAGUGAAGCGGCAGGAGCGACUCAAGGAGGACCAGCAGACAGUCCUAAAGCCCCAAUUUUAUGAGAUCAAAGCAGGAGAAGAAUUUAGAAGCUUCAAAGAUUCUGCCACAAAGCAGAAACUGAUGAACAAAACCCUUGAGGAUCGUUUGAAGAUUGAAGCAAAAAAUGGGACGUUGAGUGUAUCCGACACCACUGUUGGCAGCAAACAGUUGACAUUCACGUUAAAGAGAUCUGAACAGCAGAAGAAGCAACAGGAGGCUGAGAAACUGCAUCAACAAGAAAGGAAAAGACUCCGUCGUUCAGCCGGACACCUGAAGUCAAGACACAGAAGAGGACGGUCAUUUCACUGAUUUUGGAAGUGAUCCUGCCUGUGAUUAGAGAGGGGUACAGCUUCCCCAAACUGAUCAUCGUUAAACACAGACAAGGGAACACACAUUUUUAAAGUUCCAUUAAAGUUCCUUACCUUUGUAAGGAAAUUCUCAUACACAGAAGUAAAGAUUGAAAAUCUGUGCCUUGUGGAUUAGACUUUGAAGCUGGGCCUCGCCGACUGGCCGCUGCGUAGCCUCAAGGGUGCGCGUGUAAGUCAUUGCUCUCUAUGAACGUUGUCAUUUUCCCCAUCGUUUUAAUCAUGUAAACCAGGGUUUUGUUUUUUUAAUGUGAAAUGUACACCAUGAAAUGAAAGGUUUAUCCUGUGCUAAAAACCAAGAUUGAUGAUGCUCUAGGAACUUUUUUUUCUUACACUGCCUACUGCCAUUCAUGAUUAAACCACUCAGAAAUACCGUC